GUGCCUGUCUGCCCAAAUCAAACAGGUUGCUCAUUGAGCAUAAUAGGCUGAAUCUAGCAGAAUACUGACAGCUGUCACUGAGAAUAGAAGGGCAUAAGCCGUCAACAGUAGCCUGUGCAAACCGGCAAUAUUAUAAUUAUUAAAUAUUACCACUCAACACAAGAUACCCUGUCAGAACUGGACAAAGCUCUUACACAGCUUCAGUAACCAGCAGAGACGUUAGGUGUUGGCCUCCAACAGAGACACCAUGAGUGAGCAGAGAGGGGUGACCCUGUUCCUUCUCUACACGGUCUGGGCUUCACUCCUACUGGUGGGGACUAGGGCUGAUGACAGUAUUACUGUGAGGCUGGUGGAUAGUGGGCGUCCCUGUGCUGGGAGAGUGGAGGUUCUCCAUGAAGGACAGUGGGGGACAGUGUGUGAUGAUGGCUGGGAUAUGGCUGAUGCUGAGGUGGUGUGUAGACAGCUGGGCUGUGGAGCUGCUGUAGAAGCUCUGCAAUCUGCUUACUUUGGAUCUGGGGAUGGAACAAUCUGGAUGAGUGAUGUGUCCUGCAAUGGUUCAGAGUCCACACUGAAGGACUGUGAUUUGAAAGGAUGGGGUAAUCAUAUCUGUCAUCAUAAAGAAGAUGCUGGAGUCAUAUGCAUAGGCAACCGUGACGUGAGACUGGUGGAAGGUAGCAGUCACUGUGAGGGGAGAGUGGAGGUUUUCCAUGAAGGACAGUGGGGGACAGUGUGUGAUGAUGGCUGGGAUGUGACUGACGCUCAGGUGGUGUGUAGACAGCUGGAUUGUGGAGAUGCUGUGGGAGCUCUGACUUCUGCUCAAUUUGGACACGGGAGCGGAAAAAUCUGGAUGAGUCAAGUGUCCUGCAAUGGGUCGGAGUCCUCGCUGGAGAGCUGUACAUCAGCAGGUUGGGGUGAAAACAGCUGCGGUCAUAAAGAGGAUGCUGGAGUGAUUUGCUCAGUAAGUCGUGGUGUGAGGCUGGUGGGUGGCGGCAGCACCUGUGAUGGGAGAGUGGAAGUUUACCAUCAAGCACAGUGGGGGACGGUGUGCGACGAUAACUGGGAUAUGACUGAUGCUGAGGUGGUGUGUAAACAGCUGGGCUGUGGAGAUGCUGUAGAAGCACUACGUGAUGCUCACUUUGGACGCGGGACGGGACAUAUCUGGAUGGAUGAGGUGUCUUGUAAUGGAUCAGAGUCCUCACUGAAGGACUGUGCUUCCAGAGGAUGGGGGAUGAGUAACUGUGGUCAUAAAGAAGAUGCUGGAGUCAUAUGUUCAGGCAGUCGUGAUGUGAGGUUGAAGGAUGGUAGCAGUCACUGUGAGGGAAGAGUGGAGGUUCUCCAUGAAGGACAGUGGGGGACAGUGUGUAAUGAUGGCUGGGAUAUGACUGAUGCUGAGGUGGUGUGUAAACAGCUGAGUUGUGGGACUGCUGUGAAAGCACCGCGUGAUGCUCACUUUGGAAAUGGAACUGGGCCAAUCUUUAUGAGCGAUGUGUCCUGCGAUGGGUCAGAGUCCUCUCUGAAGAGCUGCAAAUCAGCAGGUCAGGGUGAACACAGCUGCAGUCAUGCAGAGGAUGCUGCAGUCAUCUGCACAGGCAGCCGUCAACUGAGGCUGGUGGAUGGUGGCAGUCCCUGUGCUGGGAGAGUGGAGGUUCAACAUAAUAGCCAAUGGGGAACAGUGUGUAAUGAUGGCUGGGAUAUGGCUGAUGCUGAGGUGGUGUGUAGACAGCUGGGCUGUGGAGCUGCUGUAGAAGCAGUGAGUUCUGCUCUGUUUGGACCUGGGGAUGGAACAAUCUGGCUGGAUGAUGUGGCCUGCAAUGGGUCUGAGACCUCACUGAAGGACUGUGGCUCAAGAGGAUGGGGUAACCAUGACUGUCAUCAUAAAGAGGAUGCUGGUGCCAUAUGCUCAGAUGUGAGGCUGACGACUGGUGCCAGUCGCUGUGAGGGGAGAGUGGAGGUUCUCCAUGAAGGACAGUGGGGGACAGUGUGUGAUAACAGCUGGGAUCUGGCUGAUGCUGAGGUGGUGUGUAGACAGCUGGACUGUGGGACCGCUUUGGAAGCACUACGCGGUGCUAAGUUUGGUUCUGGGGCAGGGGAAAUCUGGAUGAGCGAUGUGUCCUGCGAUGGGUCAGAGUCCUCUCUGAAGAGCUGCAAAUCAGCAGGUCAGGGUGAACACAGCUGCAGUCAUGCAGAGGAUGCUGCAGUCAUCUGCACAGGCAAGCGUGACCUGAGGCUUGUGGAUGGUGGCAGUCGCUGUGCUGGGAGAGUGGAGGUUCUCCAUAAAGGACAGUGGGGCACAGUGUGUGAUGAUGACUGGGAUUUGAAAGAUGCUGAGGUGGUGUGUAGACAGCUGGGCUGUGGAGCUGCGUUAGAAGCUCCGGGUUCUGCUCACUUUGGGUCUGGAGAUGGGAGAAUUUGGAUGGAUAAAGUGGCCUGCAGUGGGUCAGAGGCCUUUCUGAAAAACUGUCACUCAGCAGGUUGGCAUCUACACGUCUGCAGUCACAAGGAGGACGCUGGAGUGAUCUGCUCAGAUCACCCAAAGAAAGAGGAGGCGUAACAUCACAAUCAAUUGGUGGGCACCAUCCCAAUCAUCAGCCUCAUGCCUCAUCAGAAAGACCAAAUCAGCCAGGCCUGAGGCUCUGUCUGUGACAGGUGUCUCUACAAUGAACAGCCUUUACAUUCAAAACACACUGCAUACUAAAACCAAUACAGGACAGCAGUGGAAGGAGUGAUCUUGUUUGUUAUUU